GCAAGACAGCAGUUCCUGUUUCAGUGGGUAUGUUAGCCUAAGCAGCGAGAGGGAUCCUGUCGAAACAAGGCAUUGUGUGUGAGGGUCCCGUCUUCUGAUGCUACCUGGACCUCCACAGAGACCGGGCCUGCUGUGGAAUUCCCACUCCUCAGAAAGAACGACAGCUGGGACAGAGAACAGACAGCAACGUCCACAUACAGGAGAAAUAAUAGCUUGGAAGUUCAUAGAGGUGGACGGGAAGAGAAGGGAUGGUCCUGAAUGUGUAGUACAGUAGAAGCACCACCUAUGUCAGAGAGUAACAGGGUGAUAGCUGCUUUUCUGUAAUGUCCAUCCACAUCCACCUGGGCAAGAUUGAAUCAGUGUUAUCAACUCAGUGCCACGUCUCAAUUGUUGCUCAGUAAACAUGAGCAUGGUAUCUCUACACAAAGUCGGCCAGUAACCCCAUACACUGGAAAUGGCAUCAUGCAAUGUGAUUGGUUUUGUUACAAACGCUAAAGAAUUUCAGAGCCAGCAUUCACUAAAACAGUGAUUUGCAUCAUUUGGAGAGAGCAAAUCUAAAGUAUUUUUGUUUAUUUUUUUACCUUGGAAAUUAACAGUUUACAACCUUUAGAUUUUUGCUCCAAGAGAUUGGUCUGAUUACCUCUGGAAUCAUGGGGGCCACUGGUUAUGGAUACUAUCGCAUGGUUAUCUUCUUCUCCAUGUUUACUGGCUACUCCCUGUACUACUUCAACAGGAAGACCUUCUCUUUUGUCAUGCCCUCUGUGAUGGAGGAGAUUAAACUGGACAAGGAUGACUUGGGCCUGAUCACCAGUAGUCAGACCAUGGCCUAUGCCAUCAGUAAGUUCAUCAGUGGUGUAUUGUCUGACCAGAUCAGCGCUCGCUGGCUCUUCUCCAUUGGCCUCUUGGUGGUGGGGGGCAUCAACGUGAUCUUCUCAUGGUCUUCCACUGUGACUGUGUUUUCUGCUCUGUGGUUUGUCAACGGUCUGGGCCAGGGCUUAGGCUGGCCACCAUGUGGGAAGGUACUACGCAAGUGGUUUGAGCCGUCUCAGUUUGGGACAUGGUGGGCAGUGCUGUCCUGCAGCAUGAACCUGGCCGGUGGAUUGGGUCCUCUCCUGGCUAUGGUAUUGCUUCAGUACUACGACUGGAGGACUAUCCUGUCCAUGUCAGGCAUCAUCUGUGCAUCCUUUUCUGUCAUCUGCCUGGUGUUUAUAAAAAACGAACCCAAAGAUGUGGGCCUGCCCAGCAUUGAGGCCUCAGCCAAGAAAGGAGUAGCCAACUGUGACAGUACUCUGAGUGAGUUCCUGCUGUCUCCAUACCUGUGGGUGCUGUCCCUAGGCUACCUGGUAGUGUUCGGGGUGAAGACGGCAUGCACUGACUGGGGCCAGCUCUAUCUCAUUCAGGAUAAGGGCCAGACUGUCCUCAUAGGCAGUUCCUACAUGAGUGCCUUGGAGGUUGGAGGUCUGGUGGGCAGCCUCGCAGCUGGCUUCCUGUCUGACAGGGCUGUUGCUCGGCAAGGUUUGGGUACCCAUGGUAACCCUCGCCAUGUCCUCCUCCUCUCCAUGAUGGCUGGCAUGUUUUUGUCCCUAUACCUGUUCCGUGUCACUAUCACAGCUGAGGCCCUAAAGGAAGCUCCCGUCUGGGUAGUGGCCCUUCAUCCUCUCUCUGUCCUUAUUGGCCUGUCAGAGAAAGAGAUCUGGAUACUUUCCCUGGGUGCUAUGUUCGGAUUCUCCUCUUAUGGACCCAUCGCAUUGUUUGGUGUGAUAGCCAAUGAAAGUGCUCCAGCAAACUAUUGUGGGUCCUCCCAUGCCAUCGUAGCUCUCAUGGCCAAUGUUGGGGCUUUCUUUGCGGGACUCCCCUUCAGCACCAUCGCUAAGUACUACAGCUGGGACAUGGCCUUCUGGGUAGCUGAAGUGACCAUUGCCGUGACGACAGUCAUCUUCUUUCUGUUCCGUAACAUUCGCACCAAAAUGGGCCACAUCCCCCAGAAAAUGGAUUGAUUGAUCUCUGCAUCUCCUGAGCUAUGCACUGGUUCCUGCUGUGUGACUGGGUGAAUAUUCUACAGCAAGGGUUGUUGGACUGGCUGCACAUUACAUAGCCCCUUAAAGUACAUCUCCUAUCCCUGGAAACACAACACUGUGUCAGUGAUCUCCCCUCGAGACGUUUUAGAUGUUAGCAACCAUGUUUUCUAAAAGGAUACUUUGCUACACUUUAGUUUGCCAUUUAAUGCACCGUCAGAAUCAAACACCUCACAAGCUGUACAGUUCUAAGCACCUAUGGAAUCUACACCUAUGGCAUCCACUCACAGUAAUGACUUCAAAAAGUAUAGUAUAUCAUGUAGGCCUAAGUCCUAAAUUUCAAAUAAUCUGUUCUCUUACCACUUAUUUAGUCGGUAUAAUAACUAAUAUUAUUUGAAGCAUGUUGUUGAUACACAGUGAAUCUGCUGUCCAUUGCAUAGAUUGCCUUCAGUGAAUGCCAAAUGUCUUGAAGUUCCCAAAUGCUUCAUUGAUGAGCCAGCAUUAAAACUGUAUGUAUAGAAAUUUGCACAAAACGGUAAUGUUUGACGAUCACAGUAGUAUUUCCCUUUCACUAAUUCUUCAUUUAUAAAAUAAUGUUCAGUCAAAUAGAUACUUUACGACAAACACAACAUCUAUUUUUGAAGACAUACUGGCUUUACUAAAUGGACUUUUAAAGUUUAGAGAUCUUAGCUAGUUGUCUAUGAAAAUAUUUAAAUGCAUCAACUUAAAAGGGAUAGUUCAGGAUUUUGGCAUUGAGGCCCUUUAUCUACUUCCCCAUAGUCAGAUGAACAUUUUAAUGUAUCUACGUGCAGUUUGAAGGAAAUUGCUAACUUAAGGUGAUGGAGCUGUGUGAAAAAAUGUAUAAUCUAUGGGGGUGAAAUAUAUUUAAAAUAGUAUAGUAAUUUCAGAAUCACCCAAGUUCUGUAGCCUAUGCUGUUGCGGAUACAACACUUUCUGGCUGUGGGCAUGGUUGUUCAUAUGCAGUGGUUACAAUGUAGAUAUCACUUAGCCACUUCGGGAGGGAAGAGGCUAGGUAUCACAUACAACAUUCUCAUUAAAGGUCUGCGGUGAAGCUGUGGGAGCAAAUGAGUUUGGUUCGGGGAUAAACACUGUUUGAACAUGCAAAUCUGAUUGUACCAGAGCGUUUGAUUUAUUGAAAUAUCAGCUGCAAUUUAACUUUGGAGUAGCUUUUCCUUUCUGAGGGCUAACCUGGGACAUUUCCGGAUUGCCAAAAUAUCCCUUUAAUAAUGUGAAGUCUUGAAAGCAUUGAAGUAUGCACACAGUCCAAGUGUUUGUCACAGGAUACUAUUUUGUCACUACAGGUUUUGUUAUUAGACAAUGUGGUCACAGAGGCUGGGUUUACACAGGUAUACCAAUUCUGAUCUUUUCCCCAAUUAUUGGUAGUAGAGCUGAUCUGGUUUGUGAAAAAAAUAUCAGAAUUAGAUUUCUGAGCCUGGUCCCAUACUGUAUGAGCUGUGGCCAACUCUUCUAUGUUUGCAUUUACACAGGCAGCUCAAUUCUGAUGUUUAUUUCUUCACUAAUUGGUCUCUGAAAUAGAUCAGAUAUUGUUUUAUAGCUGAUUUGAUUGGUCAAAUGACCAAUUAGUUGGGGGGAAAAAUAUCCGAAAUGGGCUGCCUGUGUAAAUGCAGCCAAAGAGGCUAAUCAGACUGGAACACCAGGCUCGCAUCAUCCUGAUAUUCUCACAAAAGUAUGAAAUGUUGUGUUUAUACACAGGUAGCCUAAUUCUGAUCUUUUGUCCAAUUAUUGGCAAAAUAGCACAUCCACUGGUUACAUUCCCCUGCUCAGACGUUGCAUGCAUCAACAAAUGGUUUCAUUCCACGUCAUCGACCGUCAUUGACUGACAGAUUGCUUUAACAUAUGAUGUGGUUAGCUGAUACUUAAAAUACCUAUUCAGGCUCUGUAAGAUCUGGCAUGCAUCAGCAACACCUGGGCUGAGCAAUGUGCCCAAUGGUUGCGUUUACACAGGCAGCCUUAUUCUGAUUUUUUGCCAAUAAUUGGUCUUUCGGCCAAUCAGCUCAGCUCUUUAUCCAUUAAUUAUAGUAAUACUGUGAAAUUGUGAAAAUUAUGAUAAUGCCAUUUUUUUGUGUAAGCUGUUUGAAAAGAAAUUUCAGCCUGUUUUGUUGGAAUGGAGUUUUGGCCUUCCUGGUGUUAUCACCAGGCGGUAAAUUAGUUAAUAGACCAAUAAGAAAGAGUUACAGACAUCUUGGCUAAUAACCCCUAAAUUGACAGUUUUCCCCUCCCAGACAGUCUUAGCUAAAUUCUUACUUGAGAAAUUGCUCUUUGUUAAGAAGCUAUUUUUGUUUGUUUUAAAAUGGUAAACAAAUAAUCACAGAAACAUACUUGUACCCAGAAAUGAUUUGAUAUUGGGAUAAAAAUGGCUGCAUUGGACCUUUUCACAAGCAGUUUUUAACUGAAAAAUAUUUAUCUCACUAUUCUGUGCCACUCAGGCAUAUUUGUCUAACUGGAAUUAUUGAUAUGUUAAGGAAAACUAAUAAAGAGCAAUGAAUGUA